UAUAAAUUUAAUUUUAUAUAUUAUAGGAUUGUCUUAUUUGAUUGAAGCAUUUUAACAAACAUGUUGCGGUACUUAUUUAGUUGGGGUACUGGUAUAGCGGCUCGUCUGAGACGCUCCAGCAAAAUAUGGUUAGAUCGUCUUCUCUGAGAACUGGUCGGCUUUUCUUGAGGAAACACAGGAAAUGGCCACACUUGCCCUUCAACAUCAAAUGGCAACUGACUUCCAAGCAACGGGAAGCUUUUCAAAACCUUAAAGAAGCAGCCAGGGCACCAUCUUCCUCUCUACAGCACCGCCAAGAAACUCCUAACAAGCCUUAUCUUCUCUCCUCUCUUAUCCACUCCUUUAGCAUCUAUGAUUGUGAACCCACCCCUCGAGCUUAUCACUUUAUCCUCAAAACUCUGAGCAAAACGUCCCAACUCCACCAAAUUCCCCCAGUUCUUGAUCACCUUGAAAAGGUCGAAAAAUUCGACACACCUGAAUUCAUUUUGGCCCAUCUUAUUGAAGUUUAUGGCAAUGCAAAAGAAAUACAAAAAGCUGUUGAGCUGUUCUAUAGACUACCCAAGUUUAGGUGUGUCCCUUCUGUUUACUCCCUCAAUACUCUGCUCUCAGUUCUUUGUAGAACCAGUGAAGGUCUCAAAAUGGUUCCUGAAAUUUUAUUGAAGAGUCGGGCAGUGAAUGUUCGAGUUGAAGAAUCGAGCUUUCGCUUGCUGAUUUCUGCCCUUUGUAGAAUUAAAAAGGUCGGUUUUGCUGUUGAGAUAUUUAAAUGCAUGAUAAAUGAUGGGUUUAAUGUUGACACAGACAUAUGCUCUAUGCUAUUAUCUUCACUUUGUGAACAGGCAGAUAUAUGUGGGGUUGAGGUUAUGAGAUUUUUAGGAGAAUUGAGGAAAUUGGGAUUUUGUCCUGGAAUGGUAGACUAUACUAAUGUAAUUAGAUUCCUAGUCAGAGAAGGAAAGGGUGCAGAUGCUUUGGGUGUUUUGAAUCAGAUGAAAUCAGAUGGAAUCAAACCUGACAUUGUUUGCUAUAAUAUGGUUUUGAAUGGUGUUAUUGCAAGUGGUUUUUAUUCCAAGGCAGAUGAGCUGUUUGACGAAUUGCUUGUAUUUGGUUUGGUCCCUGAUGUUUAUAUUUACAAUGUUUAUAUAGACGCCUUGUGUAAGCAAAACAAAGUAGAGGAAGGGAUUAAAAUAGCAGCUAGUAUGGAGGAGUUGGGAUGCAAACCUAAUUUGAAUACUUAUAAUAUGUUAUUGGAGGCGUUAUGUAACAGUGGAGAACUUAGCAAAGCAAGGGACCUUGUGAGGGAGAUGAGUUCAAAAGGCAUUGGAUUGAGUAUGCAAACAUACAAGGUUAUGAUUGAUGGUUUGAUUAAUGGUGGAAAACUUAUUGAAGCUUGUGCUUUGUUGGAGGAAGAACUGGAUAAGGGUUUAUGUCCUCAGAGUUUGACGUUUGAUGAGAUAAUUUGUGGAUUGUGCCAACUUGGCUGGAUAUGUAAAGCACUGGAAUUACUUGAGAAAAUGGUUAAUAAGAAUGUUUCUCCGGGUGUUAGAGUUUGGGAAGCCCUUCUUCUUGGCUCUCAUAUCAAUAUUAGUUUUAUAGGGGAUAUUGGAUUGUUGGACAGCAAAUUAAACUCAUCCACAUUGCCAGAACCUUAAGCAACAUACCUACAGAGCUAUUCUUUUCUUGCAUAAAGGGUUGAAAGGCUAUUACAUAUGGCAAUGGUGCUCUGCUUGACUGUCUAAACUGUUAAUUUUAUGGAGACCACAUCGACUUGUGUGGUGGAUGCAAAACAAACUCAUCCAACUUGACAAGUUUGAACACUAAAAAUAUUUGAAACUACAAAUCAACCUGAUUAAGAGCUGAAGCAUAAAUUGAUAUAGUAAAGGGUUGCAUAUUCAGAUUAAGUUGGCAACUACUGCUGUUUUCAUGAUCUAUCCAACCAGUCAAGGAAGCAUUCUGAUGGCUUGUGUUCCUGGCUCAAAAUUCCACCAAGUGCUUGUUUUAUGGUAAACACUGUCCCAGAUGUUACACUAAAAGCAGGUUAUCUUCCACACCAUAAUGUUGAUUGCAACAUUUAUUGAGCGAGUUAUAUUGCAGAAGCUUAAAAGGUUGGCCCACAUUUCAAUACAAACUUGUAUAUUUUAGUUUUUGUUGUGUUUCAAGACU